AUGCUGCGUUUUCUGAUCUUGCUGGGAGUCGGAGUUUUGCUGGGAAUCCAUAUACUUGACACUCAAGCGGACUGCAAUGUGUGUGCAUCCAAGAGCAACGUUGCCUGUGUAUCAAAUACUUCGUUUCAAUUUUGUUCAACUAACGAUUUGCCCUUCGGUCCGGUUUACACUUGUCCGACGGGAUAUUAUUGCACGGCGAAUGACGCUAUAUGUAACACAAAUGUUGCCUUAAGAUCCUGCAUUGGUUGUGGUUCUUGCAAUAACAACAACACAUUCGCCUGCCUCACCGCCAGGACUUUUUCGUUGUGCUUGGGGACAAGCACUCCUUCGCAGAUCCUGGGAAGCUGUGGAGCGAACUACGUCUGCGAUUACAACAAUCCGAAUAUUUGUGGUAGUCCCUCCGCGGGAUCCCAGGCCACUUGUCCCGGAGACACUACUGAAACUGGACUAGAUCCCACAGGAUUGACACCCACCGCCUACUGUUCACUUGUUCAACAGCGUGGACGAUUUCCCUAUGGCAUCGACCUCAAUACCACGUGUAAGCAGUACAUAUAUUGUUUCCUGAAUGCAACUUACUGGCGGGGAGGUCUCUACUCUUGUCCCGGUCAAACGUAUUACGAUAGCUCAUCGCAUUACUGCGAAACUGAAGUGCCCGCAAGAUGUACUUAUGGAGUCGCCACUUUGAGCCUCACGAUUCCAUAG